UAUUGCAACGAUUUAAGUGUUCAUUUAUUUCUACCUUCUAUUGAAAAGCAUCUUUUUUUCUGUUUGACAACUCGACAUGACGAUAAUUUGUUGUACAAUAUAAUAUUAAAUGGCAGGUUCUGCAUUAAAAAGAUUAAUGGCUGAAUACAAACAGCUGACCCUCAACCCUCCUGAGGGAAUCAUUGCCGGUCCAGUAAACGAAGAGAACUUCUUUGAGUGGGAGGCUCUUAUUAUGGGUCCAGAGGGCACAUGUUUCGAGGGUGGAGUGUUCCCAGCCAGGCUGACAUUCCCCCCUGAUUACCCUCUGGGGCCUCCCAAGAUGAAGUUUACAUGUGACCUGUUCCAUCCUAAUAUCUACCCAGAUGGCCGUGUGUGCAUCUCCAUUCUCCACGCGCCGGGGGAUGAUCCAAUGGGGUACGAGACGAGUGCCGAGAGGUGGAGUCCCGUACAGAGUGUGGAGAAAAUACUGCUGUCUGUUGUCAGCAUGUUGGCAGAGCCCAAUGAUGAGAGUGCAGCUAACGUGGAUGCUGCCAAGAUGUGGAGAGAUGAGAGGGACAAGUUUGAAGAAAUGGCGGUAAAACACGUACGCAAAAGUCUGGGCUUGUGACCAUAACCUUCGUGUAAGGCUCAAGUGGCAACAUGGAAAGUCAAACAUUGGACUUUGUUGUGUCGUAGACAAAUCAUGACAUUGAUAUCGGGGUCCUUAUUCACAAAGAACUGUACCAAAUGGAAAAGCUGAUUUUUGCCUCUGAACAGGCUUUGAGUUUGUAGCUGUUGAAUGAAAUAAUGAUUGCAUUCAUGUUUUUGUGUUAACGUUUUUUGACAAAUGAAUAUUUGACAGAAUGGGCAAUCCAUUGAGGAUU